CCCCUUCCCUAGCCUAUUGUUCCCUCUCUCUCAUACGCUGGCUGUUUCACUGAGAGAUCUCACUGCAUUCUGCACACCUGUUAGCUGUAACCACCUGACCAAGCACCAGAAAAAGAACAGGAACGAGAGACAGGAUAUGGAUCUUUACGCAAUCAUCAGUGCUGUUUUGCUUCUGCAACUGCAAGGUUUUCAUGUGGCCUUGCUCCAGGCACCAACAGACUCUCCAGGACAAACGAUUGAUCAAAGUUGGCUUCGUCAAUUGGUCAAAUCCAAGCUAAACAAGACAGCAUCACAAGCUCAGUCCAAUGACAUUGUUGAUAUGACCCUGGAGGGUACUGAGUCAACAGAUGACUCUGAAUGGGUUAUCACAAAUGGCUCUGUGUCAUUUAGUGGGGAACAGGACAGCAUCCAGGACACAAAUGAGACUUCAGGUGGUGUGACAAUUGGCACCACAAUGCCACCAGGGUUGCCAAAUACUACAGCAGAGGAACCUCCAGAAACCACUGUUGCACCAGAACCCCCAGUGAGUGUUGCCUUAAACUCAAGCCAAGUUUCCAAUGCAACCGGAGAGGACAGUGGAUUCCAAACUACCACCACUACUGCAAUCACAGAAAACUCAAAUGGCUCUAAUUCCAUGUCCAAUUACACUGAAUUAAAUGAGACAACCACAGCUCCAGACACCAAUAGCACAGAGCAGAUUGGUCCAGAUCCUGGUGCUGAGAACAGGGUAACCAACAGUACAGAGGACUUCCAUAAUGUAACGACUGCAGUACCAGAGCCAUCCAGUGAACCAUCCACAGCUUCCCCCUCCACAAAGCUUCCCUUGGACUCCCCUGGGACUACAACUGCCAAAAUCAUCCCAGAAACUACAACAACCACAGAUCCCAGCACAAUAACAUCCAUGAUGGAAACUGGUGCCGCUUCAGGAAGCAACGCGAGAGGUUUGGCCUCAGAUGCAGUGCAGAACAAGAAGAGGAGUGAGGCAUGGGCUGCCAUCCUGGGCAUAGGAGUGGCAGUGUGCUUCGUGGCGAUGGUGGUCUACGUCAUCCUGAGAAGGAGAGACCGACGGGAUUUCACACACAGGAAGCUUGUUGAGGAAAUCCCCUCAGACCCAGUUCUACGACUGAACAACCCUGAGCCUGUGGACUUGAAAUAUGAUGGUUCCGCCUACUACAAUCGUGGACUCCAAAUGGAAAAUAUCCCAAUGGACCACUUUCCACAAGGACAUCAAAAUUGAGAAGGACUCCAAGACUAACCUUAAACACUUUAAAGGAGACUUUCAUAUACAAAAUACUUAUUGAGACCCGACAUACACAUUAACGUGCAUAAGUCUCUAUAGCAGAAUGUCAAGUCACGGAUUUACUGCACACUAAUGCAUUGGUUAUGUGGGUUCAGAGCCAAAUUCGCGGUGUCGUUUUUUUUGUACAUUUUUCCAAUUUCCAGGAAACUUUGAGAAUUUGGAAAUGUGUUAGGAAUUUAUUAUUAUUUUGGAACAUUUGAAUAAUAUGUUUAUAUGUUUUUAUUUCUAAAAUUACAUUGGUUUGGAAGGAAAGUUUUUAAAUUUGCUGGAAAUGUUCCCAUUCUUUGUUAUGCCUAGGACGAAUACUACCUUUACAUAACUUAGACUUCCACAUAAUUAUCGCAUUGAUCUCAAUGGGAGAAAACGUCAUGCAUGGAUCUAAAUGUAGGAUUCUAGACACUUCAGCACAGUCUAUUAUAGAAGUACUAAAAGCCAAAAAAAGUAAGUCUUAAUAUUCUGCUAUAUUUCCAAAAUGGUUCGACAAAGGUAAUUAAACAUUUCUUAGACAUGAAGACCUACACUCAAAUAAGGUUAUUUUUGUACCUUACUCUAAAUUACAAUUUAGCCACAGGUCAACUCAAUAUAAACAUAAAUGUUUGAUUUUUAUUGAACUUUUAUUUAACUAGGCAAGUCAGUUAAGAUAUAUACUUCAAGAAUCAUGUCCAUAAUUAUUGGCACCCUUUGUAAAAGAUGAGAAAAAAACACUGUAUAAAAUCAAAAUAUCAAAUACUGAGCUAUAUUGCAUAAAUCAAUGGGGAAAUUAGAUUAUUUUAUACUAAUAUAAUCCACCCACUUGGGAGCCAGGCACCCAGCACCCACUUGGGAGCCAGGCCCCCAGCCAAACAGAAUAUGUUUUUCCCCACAAAAUAUCUUAAUUAUAGACGGAAAUACUCCUCAGUUUCAUCAAUUGUCCAAUUGUCCGGGUGGCUGGCCUCAGAUGAUCCCGCAGGUGAAGAAGCCAGAUGUGUAGGUCCUGGGCUGGCGUGGUAACACGUGGUCUGCGGUUAUGAGGCAAGUUGUGCGUACUGCCAAAUUCUCUAAAAUGACGUUGGAGGUGGCUUAUUGUAGAGAAAUUAGCAUUACAUUCGCUGGCAACAGCUCUGGUGGACAUUCCUGUAGUCAGCAUGCAAAUUGCACGCUCCAUCAAAAUUUGAGACAUCUGUGGCAUUGUGUUGUGUGACAAAACUUCACAUUUUAGAGUGGCUUUUUUUAUUGUCCCUAGCACAAGGUGCGCCUGUGUAAUGAUCAUGCUGUGUAAUCAGCUUAUUGAUAUGCCACAUCUGUCAGGUGGACGGAUUACUUUGGCAAAUGAGAAAUGCUCACUACAGAGAUGUAAACAAAUUUGUGCACAAAAUUUGAUAGAAAUAAGCUUUUUGUGCAUAUGGCAAUUUCUGGGAUAUUUUAUUUCAACUCAUGAAACAUAGGACCAGCACUUCAUAUGUUGUGUUUAUUUUUUCGUAAAAUUCUGCACAAAAACAAUGACAAUUUGUGAAAGUGAAAGUAAAACAAAAUACAACCAAAUCUCUCUCUCUCUCUCUUGCCUCUCCUUAAUUUUGGAAGAAAUUAAUUUGUUCAAAACUGCUCAACUAUUGUCUUUCUUUCUCUUUGGGUCAAUUACUCAUGAUAUUUUAUGCACUGCAGUGCUAGCUAGCUGUAGCUUAUGCUUUCAGUACUAGAUUAAUUCCCUAAUAUUUUCAUUGGGUGUACAACAUGUCAGUUCAUGCUGCAAGAGCUCUGAUAGGUUGGAGGAUGUCCUCCGGAAGUUGUCAUAAUUACUGUGUAAGUCUAUAAAAGUGGGUGAGAACAAUGA